GUCGAGUUGUGAGUUGACUGAUCGUGACGUGCGAUUUGCGAUGACAAUGGAAAGGAGAAUUAAGUUGAAAACACUCAACAGUCACAUAACUUGUAAAAUUUGCCGUGGAUAUUUUAUAGACGCCACCACCGUCACUGAAUGCCUACAUACGUUUUGUAAAAGUUGUCUUGUGAAGCAUCUUGAAGAGAACAACACUUGCCCAACAUGCAACAUAGUGAUACAUCAAUCGCAUCCAUUACAAUACAUCAGUUUCGACAGAACAAUGCAAGAUAUUGUAUAUAAGUUGGUGCCCGAUCUACAGGAUAAUGAGUUAAAACGUGAGCGUGAUUUCUACCGUGCGCGUAAUCUCCCAUGCCCUAAGGAUGCUGCGUUGGCAGCAGACAAGCCAGGUGCAGGAGAUGAGCCUGAGCAACCAGACAACACAGACUGCCAUCGAAAAGAUGAACAAGUGAAUGUGUGUCUAGAAUGCAUUUCCACUUCCCUUAGAACUCUAAAAAGAAGUUUUAUUAGGUGCUCAGCUCAGGCUACCAUAACACACUUAAAAAAAUUUGUAGCAAAAAAAGUUUUAAAUGGCAUUGAAAAAUAUAGAGAAAUAGAUAUAUUAUGCAAUGAUGAAUUAUUAGGAAAGGACCACACAUUAAAGUUUGUAUAUGUGACAAGGUGGAGAUUUCGAGACCCCCCAUUAAGACUUCAGUAUCGUCCAAAGAUAGAUUUAUAAAUCAAAUAAGUUCAAUAAAAGGUCAUGAUAAGAUU